GAGCACCGGCUAGUGUGGUGGGUGAUGUGCUUGCCCGGUCUGUGUCGUCCCCCCCAGAGCCUGGAAGCAGCAACCUAAGCCUCAGGUAUUCAAUCUUUGAGCUUCCAUCCAUCGGACCUUCCUGCAUCACGAGGCAAACAGUCAAACAGCAACCACACAUUCCCAUCAACGACAGCCGACUCUCACAGAGCUCCGAUAUCGACUCCCGCUCGUCCUGACGCUUUUUCAAUCUGUGUCACCUGACUUUCUCUCCCUCAAUACCUUGCUUUCAGACGAAGCACCCGACGGGACGCCAUAUCUAAGCAAAACAACCCGCCCGCACUCUCCUCCCCGGGCGCGACUCCACGAUCAUAUCCGACUGCUGCCAUCCCUAGCAGCACUCAAUACACUGCCCACAGCAUAGCAACGCACACCCGGUUGAGCAAAAAUGCCGGGCAAAACACCUUCACGCAGCGGGAAGGAUCCCCUCGAGAACGGGGUUCGUAAGAACAACAAGGACGCCGACUCAAAGAGCAAGGGCAAGAAGGGAGCAAAGGACGGUGACGAAGAGAUGACUGUUGUUGUCCCACCGUCCAAGAAGGCGGCUGCUCCCCCGGCGGACGCUGACGGGGACGUUGCGAUGGGUGACGAGGCUGGAGCAGAUGACGCAGAGGUCAAGGUUGACCCCGUGGUGCAGGCUGUAGCAGACAUCAAGAGCAAUUUCGCUCUGCUGGACCGCGCAGUCGCGCUCUUCGAUGCCAGAUUCUCUCUCCGAGCCCUGCGGUCGAUUUCCACCAUCCGCAAGCGCCUGACACCCGAUAUCAUCGCCCAGGCCAUUGCCGAGAGCUUCCCCGCGACCGUUGCCUCCGGGAAUGUCGCCAAGCAGCUUCUGAUCGCCAUCGGUCGCGAGAACGUACCCCUCGGCCGCUCCAGCGGACCGGAGAUGGAGGUAGACAGCGAGCCUACGAAGACGAAGAACGGCCAGAAGAAGGAGGCGAAGGAGAUAAUUCCCGAGAUUGACAUCUUCCUCGGCAUUCUGAUCCAGGUCCACCUCUACGACACCAAGCAGUUCCAACACGGAGCCGAGUUCUCUAAGCAGCUCACUGACCGUAUCCACACGCUUAACCGCCGUACACUAGACUCCCUUUCCGCCAAGGUCUACUUCUACUACUCAAUGUUCUGCGAAAGCCUCGCUCCUCAGCCUCCUUCUCCCCAGUCUCCGGUCGUCGCUAUUCGACCCACUCUCCUGGCUGCUCUGCGGACCGCCGUUCUCCGCAAGGAUAUCGACACGCAAGCCUCGGUUAUUGUGCUUUUGCUUCGCAGCUAUUUGUUGACGUCUCACAUUGCGCAGGCCGACCUGCUCGUAUCCCAUACCCAGUUCCCCGAGAACGCGGCCAACAACCAGGUCGCACGCUUCCUGUACUACCUUGGACGCAUCCGCGCCAUUCAGCUGAGAUACACCGAGGCACACGAGCACCUCACAGCUGCGACAAGAAAGGCUCCAUCAAGUGCCUGCGCGGUGGGCUUCUCACAGACGGCGACCAAGCUUCUGUUGGUGGUUGAACUGUUGAUGGGUGAUAUUCCCGAGAGAUCUACUUUCCGCCAGCCUACCUUGGAGCUCUCUCUGCACCCUUAUUUCCUCCUUGUCCAGGCCGUCCGGGUUGGCAAGGUCCAGAACUUCGAGACCAUCAUCGCGGAUCACGCCGACACCUUCCGCCGCGACGGCACCUACAGCCUGAUCCUCCGCCUCCGCCAGAACGUCAUCAAGACCGGUAUCCGUAUGAUGUCUCUGUCGUACUCUCGCAUUUCCCUGCGCGACAUCUGCAUCCGCCUCGACCUUGGUAGCGAAGAGUCGGCCGAGUACAUUGUCGCCAAGGCCAUCCGCGACGGUGUUAUCGAAGCUACCCUAGACCGCGAGCAUGGAUACAUGAAGAGCAAGGAGGUCGGCGAUGUCUACGCUACGCGGGAGCCCGGUGAAGCCUUCCACGACAGAAUUCGCGCAUGCUUGGCUCUCCACGACGAGAGCGUCAAGGCCAUGCGAUUCCCCAUGAACCAGCAUCGCUUGGAGUUGAAGAAUGCCCAGGAGGCGCGCGAACGCGAGCGUGAGAUGGCCAAGGAGAUACAGGAGGGAGAUCUGGACGAGGACGACCUUGGCGGCGACUUUGAUGGCAUGUAACAACGCUAUGUCUACUUGUUGUGUUAUCCAAACUUCUCACCCGGUGUGCCGACGUGCCGACCCGCCACUACAAAUCCAACCAGUGGUUUAGAGACACUGCGGGCAACUUGAUUUUACUGAUUCAUUAAUGGACGGGGGGACGGCGCUAGGGGGGCGGAAGAAGGGAGGGCCUUUUUAGCAAUGAUUCCGGAUGCGAUAGACAAGUUUCUCUUACGCUGGUCAUGUUCUUGAAGGGUGCCUGCUGGUGCGGUAGAAAGGGGGCCCCAGCUCGGCUACGGUAAUUAGCCAUCCGGCGUGUAUGUGUGAGCUGAGUUGCAGUGCAUGCCAUGCCAUGCCAUGCCAUGCGGCUCUGUGUAUUAAGUAACGCAAG